AUGAAUGAUCAAAAUAAGCAGAUCCUGGCAUUGAAAGGUUGGAUAGAGUUGGCAUCAGGAAAAGAUCCACAGGCCAAAAAGGCUUACAAAUAUUUUGAUGAAGCCAUGCAAAUAGCAAGUAAUUGUGAGAUGGAUAUCAUAUUGGGAAUGUGUCAGUGCCUCAUGUUACGACACAACUUCAAGAAAGCUUUGGAAUUGAUCAACCAGUUGAUUGUGGCCUAUUCUGAUCUUUUACCUGGCUUUGAGGAGAAAAUGAAGCUGCUGUUGGCUUUGAAGGACUGGGAACAAGUGACAGACACGGCUUCUAGAGCCUUGGAUGUUGACCAGUUCUGCAUAGAAGCCCUGUGUUACCUUACUUUGUAUAAUUUGUGCAGAGUUGGAGAUUACAAUGAGGCUCAUAAUUAUCUUUCUAAAUUGCUAAACAGUUUGGACAUGUUUGAACCAAGCAGCAAAUCACUUUAUUACAACAUUGCCCGAUUGAUAUCCCGUGUGUGUGGACGCAAUGAGCUGAUUCUGCAACAGACUCACACACUUGCCCAGCGUGCAAUUGAAGAAGAAUCCUGUGAAGCCGACUAUAUGAGGGAACUUGGAUAUCAGUUGGUCCUCCGUGGCAAGAUCAAGGAAGCACUAGAAUGUUACAAACAUACAAUAAAACUGGAUGAAACCAACCUCCCUGCUGUGACGGGUAUCAUUGAGUGUCAGUUGAUUCAAAAUAAACUGGAUGAUGCUGCACAGCAGCUUGAAUUCCUCAGUGAAAUCCAAAUGAGUAUUGGCAAAACAUCAGAACUGUAUUACCUGAGUGCUGUCCUUGCUAAGAAGCGGAACAAAGGGGAGGAAAAUAUUGUUGUUUUGCUGAAUGAAGCGAUUGAAAAGCAUUUCUCAACCCUGAAGAAUUAUUACCUUGGAGUUGAUUACUACAUCAUGUUGAAUCCUGAUUUUUUAAUCUUAAUUGUCAAAGAUUAUUUGAAUUAUGCACCACAACAGCCCUUGCAGCAUGGCCAGGCAAUGGAUCCUAUUUUGAGAAAGUGCCAACAGGUUUUAGAUCCUCUCAUCAAAGCAGCUCCUGGCCUCAUUGAAGGAAUCUAUCUAAUGGGCAAAGUGAAAUUUCUCUCAGGUGAUUUUGAAUCUGCACAAAUGACCUUGCAGCAUUGUCUGGAACAAGAUCAGGCUCUUUCUGAUGCACACAUCCUCAUGGCCCAGGUAAAUGCAAAUACUUCACUCAUCAUAUCAGGUAGUUAA